UUGACGAGGGCGGAGGCUGUCGGUUCCGGGCGGUUCAGGAGGCUAUAGCCUACUCCGAGAUCAAUCAGUUUGUUGCCAGGCAGAAGAAAGGAGGGGGGAUCGUCCAGAAGACUAUCAUUUCCGACCCGACGACGCUCCGCCGUAAAACUACUUUAGGCUUUUCAGUAGUAUCCAGUCUUCGCUCUCAGAGGCCAACGCCCUCCUCGUUACCAAGCUAUGGCAGACGAAGCAGACAUGCGCAAUGAGCUGGCUGACCUGCAGACACGGGGCGACCAGAUAGCCGAUGAGUCACUGGAGAGCACUCGGCGCAUGCUGGCUAUGGUUGAGGAGAGUAAAGAUGCAGGUAUUAGGACACUGGUCAUGUUGGAUGAACAGGGAGAACAACUGGAGCGUAUGGAGGAUGGCAUGAACAGGGUCAACCAGGACCUGAAGGAAGCGGAGAGAAAUUUAAAAGAUGUAGGACAGUGUUGUGGCCUCAUAUGCCCAUGUUUGGCCAAGAUAAAGGGAGGGGGCCAGGCAUGGGGCAGCAACACAGACGGAGUGGUGAACAGUCAGCCUGGAGCCCGUGUCAUGGACGAGCGUGAACAGAUGGCCAUCAGUGGGGGCUUUAUCCGCAGGGUAACAGACGAUGCCAGGGAGAAUGAGAUGGAUGAAAACCUGGAGCAGGUGGGUGGGAUCAUAGGAAACCUGCGCCACAUGGCUCUGGACAUGGGCCAGGAGAUCGACACUCAGAACCGGCAGAUUGACAGGAUCAUGGACAAGGCCGACUCCAACAAGACCAGGAUUGACGAAGCCAACCAGCGUGCCACAAAAAUGCUGGGCAGUGGCUAAACAGCUCCCCCCCCCCACGGCCCCCUCCACCACACUUCACUACCUAUGCUCCCUGAACCCCCAGCUCCACAACAUAGUAUUGAGGCAGUGCAGACAUGCUUUUGUCAUGGUACUAACACAUUAGGUUUGCACAAAUCAAACUGUUCUCUUCCUCUCCCUCCUCCUCUUCCUCCUGUAGUAAAAUGUAGUUUUGUGUAUUUGUCUCAGGUUUUUAUUGAAUUCCAGUCCUGUUAAAUGAUGGUGCCCUCCUCUUCAUCCCUUUGUUUGUCUUGUCAAGGGUUGUAAAUAGUGCUAAUUGAAUGGCAUUAGAUAAUUUGUGUUCUCUCUUUCUAUACUUUUCUCCCUCCCUCUAUCUCUUGCUUUCUUUCUCUCAUUUAGUCUUUUUUUAUAUCCAGGUCACCCUUGUGAAAGAGGUCUUGAUCUCAAUGGGCUUUUUAUCUGGUUAAAUAAAGGUUAUACUAAUAAUAUGUGGGUUUGACAUAAAUUGUAUGUACAUCUUGUCAGACACGCAGCAGGAAUGCUUCUCUGUGAUGUAGUCAGUGUUCCAAUGUUGUCCAUGUAGAACACAAUGCAGCUCUGUAUAGUUGUUGAUGUGAUACUUGAUGAGAGAAAUCACAGCAGCUCUGAACUCUGUGACCUUUCACUUUGCAAUCUUCACUACUACCACUGCUACUAUUACUACUACAACUACUAAUACUCUACUAGCCAUAAACAAUACACUAGGGCACUGCAACUACCACUGGUAUUACUGAUGUAUUUAAUUGACCAUCUCUGUUCAAUAUCUGUUGAUGCUGUUAACUAUAACUUCAGUAUUGGGAGCACCACAAUACUGUUGGCUACUCCAGUUAUGUCUACAUCAUGACUGACUUGACUGUAUUGUCACUAACAGUUAAGAAUCAAUCUGUUUAAAUCUGCAUCCUGACUGGGCUGUGGGUGCAGCAGCAACAACAACAACAGAUCAAACACCAAUCAAUAAUGAGAUGUCUAGCAAACUACCUUUGACAUUUUAGCAUACAGUAUGACUGAACUGAUGUUUUUAUCCUGUUGGUAUAGAAACUUGUGAGUGUAAUUAGGCAUGACCAACCAGCUCAUAGGAAUGAGCAUCUUAUGAAUAAUAAAUAGGUAUGUAGAUCUAUGAGCCCCAUUGCAUGUUCGGUACAUAGGGCUGAGCCUGAUAUUGAGGAGAUAAAUUACAGUUUUUGCAAUAGUGCCACUCUAUCUUUUAUGUUCACACACAUAUCUUUCCAGUCUGUGGCCAUCGUUGUAAAAUAAUAUGGAAAAUGCCAAUAAAAACUAAAAGACUGUAGAACAAAACAUUUAUUUAUUGAUGAUAAAAAUUUAAA